AUGCACUCCCACUCGGGCCAAUUCUGCCCAGGCCACGCAAAAGACCAGCUCGAGGACAUCGUCCUCCACGCCAUCAGCAUAGGGUACAAGACCAUCGGCCUGACGGAGCACAUGCCCCGCCUCGCCCUCUGCGACUUGUACCCGGAGGAGAUGGACGACCCAGAGGCCUCCCUCGCGGUCCUGCCCCCGCGCCACGAGGCCUACCUCGCCGAGGCCCGCCGCCUGCAGGAAAAGUACGCCGGCCAGGGGAUCGCGCUGCUCGUCGGCUUCGAGGGCGAGUUCAUCCGCGGGCCCGAGUACGCCGGCUACGUGCGCCGGCUCGCCGCCGACCCGCGCGUCGACUACUUCAUCGGCUCGCUGCACCACACGUGCGGCGUGCCCAUCGACUUUGACGCCGAGCACUACGCCCGCGCCGCCACCGCCGCCGCCAUCGCCGCGUCCUCCUCCUCCUCCUCCUCCGGGUCUUCCGGGUCCUCCGGGUCCGAGUUCGAGGACGCCGAGGACGCGCUGGCGGCGCGCUACUACGACGAGCAGCACGAGAUGCUGGCGGCCCUGCGGCCCCGCGUCGUGGGCCACUUCGACCUCGUGCGCCUGCUCAGCGCCGACCCGGCGCGGGACCCCCGGCGGGCGGGCGGUGGGCGGGUGUGGGACCGCGUGCGGCGCAACCUCGAGCUCGUGGCCGGCUACGGCGGCUGGCUCGAGUGCAACACGAGCGCGCUGCGCAAGGGGCUCGCCGAGCCGUACCCGGCGCGGCCCGUCGCCGAGGAGUGGCUGCGGCUCGGCGGCAGGUUCACCUUCUCCGACGACAGCCACGGGAUCGCGCAGGUCGGGACCAACUACGCCCGCGGGCUGGACUACCUCGCGUCACUCGGGGUGGAGGAGGUGUGGACCUUUGAGAGGAAGGCGGGGUCUAGGGUUGGGGGUGGUGGUGAUGGGAGCAGUCAAAAGGCCGAGCUGGUGCCUGUCAGCGUUUCAUUAUCUGCUUUCAGGGAGAGCCUCAAGUUGCCAUAG